GUGUGUGUCACGUGACUCAUCUCAACACAAGUGACAAAUAAGGGUUCGGUUGAGCAAAAUAUUAUAGAAGCGUCAAGUCAUCAAGUGUCCUAGAAGAACUUAACCAUGGGAAAAGGUGGUGGUACAUUUGAAAGGCUGUUGGACAAAGCCACCAGUCAGCUGCUGCUGGAGACCGACUGGGAAUCCAUCCUGCAAAUCUGCGACCUCAUCCGCCAGGGAGACACACAGGCUAAAUAUGCAAUCGCUGCCGUCAAGAAGAAGCUGAAUGACAAAAAUCCACACGUGGCCCUCUAUGGCCUCGAGGUUCUGGAGUCAGUGGUGAAGAACUGUGGCCAGACGGUCCAUGAUGAAGUGGCGAGUAAGCAGACCAUGGAGGAACUCAAGGACCUGUUCAAGAAACAAACCGAGCCGAACGUCAGGAACAAGAUCCUGUACCUGAUCCAGGCCUGGGCCCACGCCUUCCGCAACGAGCCCAAGUACAAAGUGGUCCAAGACACUUACCAGAUCAUGAAGGUUGAAGGUCAUGUGUUCCCGGAGUUUAAAGAGAGCGAUGCCAUGUUUGCUGCAGAGAGGGCACCUGAUUGGGUGGAUGCCGAGGAGUGCCACAGGUGCAGAGUUCAGUUCGGAGUGAUGACCCGAAAGCAUCACUGCAGGGCGUGUGGACAGAUCUUCUGCGGCAAGUGCUCCUCCAAAUACUCCACUAUCCCUAAGUUCGGCAUUGAGAAAGAGGUGCGAGUGUGUGAGCCCUGCUUCGAGCAGCUUAACAACCACCCAUCCCUCUCUCCCCCUUCCAGGAAGGCAGAAGGGAAGAGCAGCAGCAGCAGCAGCAGCAGCGGCCAGUCUGAGCUGCCGCCAGAGUACCUGACCAGCCCUCUGGCUCAGCAGUCUCAGAUGCCCCCUAAGAGAGAUGAGGCAGCGCUGCAAGAGGAAGAGGAACUGCAGCUGGCCAUCGCUCUGUCUCAGAGUGAAGCUGAGGAGAAGGAGAGAAUGAGGCAGAAGAGCUCAUACCCUGUGUACCCCAAAGCCGACCCGACUCCAGUGACCUCCUCCGCUCCACCCGUCAGCACUCUUUAUUCCUCUCCUGUGAAUUCCUCUGCUCCUUCAGCUGAAGAAGUUGACCCUGAGCUGGCUCGUUAUCUGAAUAGGACUUACUGGGAGAAAAAGCAAGAGGAAGUGCGCAAGAGUCCCACCCCCUCUGCUCCUGCUCCAGUGACAUUGGCUGAACCGAUGCCAAUCAGCCAGCCAGUGGAAAGCCACGCCCCUGUUCAGCCCAUCAACAUAGUGGAGCAGCAAUACCAGAACGGAGAAUCGGAGGAGAACCAUGAGCAGUUCCUCAAAGCUCUACAGAACGCCGUCACCACCUUCCUGAACCGCAUGAAAAGCAACCACAUGCGCGGGCGCAGUAUCACCAACGACAGCGCCGUGCUCUCCCUCUUCCAGUCCAUUAACAACAUGCACCCACAGCUGCUGGAGCUCCUCAACCAGCUCGACGAGAAGAGACUGUACUAUGAGGGGUUGCAGGAUAAGCUGGCACAGGUUCGGGAUGCACGGGCCGCUCUGAACGCUCUGAGAGACGAACACCGUGAGAAACUGCGCCGUGCCGCAGAGGAGGCUGAGAGACAGAGGCAGAUCCAGCUCGCCCAGAAACUAGAGAUCAUGAGGCAGAAGAAACAAGAGUAUCUGGAGAUGCAGCGACAGCUUGCAAUUCAGCGUCUGCAGGAGCAGGAGAAGGAGCGACAGCUGCGUCUGGAGCAGCAGAAACACACCAUCCAGAUGCGUGCUCAGAUGCCUGCCUUUUCCCUGCCCUAUGCCCAGAUCCAGUCACUGCCGCCUAACGUGGCAGGAGGGGUGGUGUAUCCCCCAGCUGGUCCUCCCAGUUACCCCGGCACGUUCAGCCCUGCUGGAUCAGUGGAAGGCUCUCCCAUGCAUGGGGUCUACAUGAACCAACCCGGGCAGGCUGGGGGCGGACCCUACCAGGCCAUGCCAGUGUCAGCUACAGAUCCCAACAUGGUGAACGCGUACAUGUAUCAGACCGCAGGUACCGGUGGGCAACCCGCUGCCCCUGGUCAGGCUCCUCCUCCUAACACCAGCCCUCCAUACACUAACUACCAGCCCACUCCGACACAGGGCUACCAGAACGUGGCGUCUCAAGCCCAGAGUUUGCCGCCGAUGUCCCAGGCUGCCCCGACCAACGGCAUGGCCUACAUGGGCUACCAGCCGUACAGCAUGCAGAACAUGAUCUCCGCACUUCCUGGACAGGACCCCAACAUGCCUGCUCAGCAGCAGUACAUGCCUGGCCAACAACCCAUGUACCAACAGAUGGCGCCCCCUGGUGGUCCUCAGCAGCAGGUCCAGCAGGCCCAGCAGCCCCCCCCAGGCAGUGCAGAGGCUCAGCUCAUCUCCUUUGACUAAACCUCCAUAUUCUCACCUGAUCCACCACACUACAGUCGGCCUCUGCUCUUUUCUCCUGUAUUCCUGCUGCCCCCACACACCGAGUCAGUCCAUAUUUCUGUGACCAUCUAUUGAUGAAAAUAUGAACUCUCUCUCUCUCUCUCUCUUUCUCUUUCACUCUUUCUCUCUGACUGCUUUAUUUUGAGAGGAGGCUAGAAAUGGUUCUGCGAAGCAUCUCUCAAAAACCCUAUGUAGUGUUUCCUUAUGGAACACCUCUUAGCUGGUCAUUUGUAUCCUUGAAUAUUAACAGAACAUGUAUCAAAGAAACGGCGAACAAGACGUGACCAUCUCAUAUUUUUCUAAAGUCAAUCUGCAUGUGUUUAGUCGUCUGUUACGGCGUCUCCACCCUGAUCAAGUGAACGUGUUUUAAUUUUAUUCAAGAAGCUUUCGAAACGGCUUUAACAAGCAAUUCACAGAGCGACCUGGAGAACGAGCAUCCGGUCGAGGUCCGAGAGCUAGGGCUGAUCCUAGAUCGGAUUUCUCGCUCUGUAAAUCGAUAUGGUGUCUGAGUGCUGCCUCUCACUCGCUGACACUCCGACACAAAUCCCAACAUUCCAGAGCAGUGCUCACAACCGGAAUCCUAUAGUCAGAGUCAAUUUUUGAAAAGAUCUGGAUUUUAUUUUCCUCUACAUUUAGGAUCAUCAUCACUGAAUCCUAGCUAAUAAUCGUCGCAGUUUCAGCUUUCGUAGAUAUUAUAUCGAUGGGACGGUGCUGUAUAGCCUUUUUUUUUUUUUUUUUUUUUUUUUUUUUUGCAUUUAGUGCUGAUUUGUACAAAAACAACUUGUGUGUGUUUAAAAAUAAAUAAAUAAACGAAUUAAAGAUUUAACAUCUGGCUCCAGGACGCGACCGAGUUCACAAUAAAGGAAAUGUGAAUGCCAGGACAUCACAGAGAUGAAGAAAAUCCUGCAUCUUUUCUUAAUUGGUUAAAGAGAGCAACACACUCGGUAAGGCAGGAUUCUGUCAUGCUUCAGAUGAAGGAUAUAUCGAAGUUGCUUUAAAAAUAAAUGAACAACAACAAAAAAAAAACGGACUUGUACUGCAUGUUUGUAACGUCCGUCGACCAGUGAGCAGUUCUGUAACCCUUUAAUGCCGUCUGUGGACAGCUUCGUUCCAUCAUACUGAUCUGUAUGACUCCAGGAAAGAGUUUUAAGAUUAUAUUUAAUAAAUAUCUCAUUCUUUUAUUGUGCA